AUAUGUUAUUUCGAGAAAUGAAAGGAUCAAAACGAGAAUACUAAAAAAGUUGGAUUUGUGGAGAGAGCUAAAUUUCUUACGAACCCUAAGCUAAAUCGUCUUCUUCUCGGUCACGAGAAACGCGGUCGCCAUUGAUUGAAUCGCACUUGGAAAGAUGGAGAGCGCUAGGUCAGACCCAGAGCUUGAUGACGACGACUUUAGUGAAAUCUACAAGGAGUACACAGGUCCUGUCACCACCACUACCACCACCACCAAUGUCCAAGAAAAACCUAAACUUCCUGAAGAUGGAUGCGGUGAACAAGAAGAAGAAGAGGAGCAGCAACAGCUUCCUGACCCCAACUCUGUACCAACCGAUUUCACUAGCCGAGAGGCAAAGGUGUGGGAGGCUAAAUCCAAAGCUACUGAGAGGAACUGGAAGAAGAGGAAAGAAGAAGAAAUGAUCUGUAAGAUUUGUGGCGAGUCUGGUCAUUUCACUCAGGGGUGUCCAUCGACUCUUGGUGCAAACAGAAAGUCUCAGGAGUUCCUCGAGAGAGUACCGGCUAGGGACAAGAACGUUAGAGCUUUGUUUACUGAGAAAGCUGUGGAGAGGAUUGAGAGCGAGACCGGAUGCAAGAUCAAGAUGGAUGACAAGUUCAUUAUCGUCAGUGGCAAGGACAGAUUGAUCUUGAGGAAAGGUGUUGAUGCUGUUCACAAGGUUAGAGAGGACGGCGAGGUUAAAACUUCUUCUGCCGCCUCUCGCAGGAGCAGAUCCAGGUCGCCUAGACGAACUUCUGUCGGUCCUCCUCCACCGCGUGCUGCUCCUCCUCGGAACCCUGAACCUCAGAGACAGCAGCAGCACAUGCCAUCUUCACAUGGUUCGUCGAGUUUCUCAGAGCGCUCUGGAAGGCAAGAGAAGUUUGUGGACAACCGUGUGCGUGAGGAGAAUCGUGUUCGUGAGAACCAGCGGACUCCACAAGCUUAUGGUAGUGACAGAGGUCGGAGUCGGUCCACACAUUCGAAAUCCCCAGGGAGGCCACGUUAUAGUGGAUGGGAUAAACCGUCGUAUGAAAAGCAAAAGUAUGAGGUGAGUGGUUACAGGUCUGAAAGAUGGGAACAAGAGAGAAUGGGUGGUGGAGGUGGUGGCCCCAGAGACAUUCAGAUGAGUCAUCAGUUUGAACGCCCUGCUUUCCCUCGGAGUUUAGAAGAGCUAGAAUUGGAAUACACAAGAGAUGUGAUGGAGCUUGCAAAGAAACGCGAUAAGGAAGAAGAUGAGGAGAACAACAAGCAUCGAGAGACAAUGCGGGAACUGAGAGAGAGUUACAUGAAGAAACUAGCUGGGCUAAGGGGUAUGAACGCUAAACAAUGGGAAGAGUUCCUUCAAGUCGAUGCUCAGAGACGUCAGGAGCAGCAAGCAAGGCAGCAGCAAAUCUCUGGUCCGAGUUAUGGUGGUAGUAACUAUAGACAGUUUCCUUAUGCUGAGUUUGAUGAUGGCUACUCUUCCAAUCCUCCUCCUCCCUAUGCUGGAAACAAUGUGCCAAUGGAAUCUGAAGGAAGAUAUCCUCCCAACCAUGUGAAAAACUAUCCUUCGAGGCAUCAAGACAACAACUAUGGUGGGUUCCAACGCCAGAGGCGUGAAGACUAUGGAAAAAACUUCAACCGCUAUUAGACCAGUGUGGUCAGCUCUUGUUUGGGUUUUGCUGGAACUGGGUUACUACUACAAACAGGUGAGACCGAGGUUUGUAAGCAACUCUCGUAUCUGGCAUUGUUGAAUUGAUAUGAUCUGUAUCCGUGCAAUGAGCACCGUUAACUGUUAGCUAUUAGUAUGUUUCUUUGUUGUCUACAUUCAAGAGAUUUCUUACUUCGUGGCGAUGAAACCAUUUUCAUUGAUAUCAUAUAGUUCAAGCCUUUAAACACGCAAGAUUUUUUUUUUA